UUUAACUCCACAAUUCGCCUAAUCAGGUAAAUCCAGUUCACUUGGAUGAAGGAAUUCCUGAAAAAAUGUCUUUAGUCUAUAGUGCUCUUGUCCUGACUCCUGUCCCAAGGUGACAAGACACAGCCCAGUCAUAGCGUACAAUGAUGUUGCACGGUCAUAAAAAUAACACCCCUCUCUACUUCUCCUCACUUUAUUGAACAGUAAUUCACUUUUAAGCAGCUAUCCCUCUGGCUUACAAUCAAUUAUAUGCACUGCAUUGUUCAUUCAUUCUCGCUCUCUGUCACCCUCUCUCUCAGAAGGGAGGGGUUGAGCAGAGGCAGUAACCUCUAAUGGAUAACAGUGCUCGAGGAUUUAAAGUUAGACCACCGUCAGCGUGCGGAACCAGUAGGGUAACGUGACCAGAGAAGGAUAGAAUGCUGUUCAGUCAAACCGGAGCACUGACCAAUGACAUUUUGAUUCAUUUUAUAACUUUUUGGAGCUAUUUGACCAAUUCAAACUAGAUUAAAAAAGAGUCAAAGAGCACACACAAACCAGCAUUUACCAGACAAAGAUCAGCAUCAAACGUCAUGCGGACGUGAGAAGAGAAGUGAUGAGGACAGUUUGGACAAGAUACCCAUGACAUAGUUGGAAUAAUAGACCCACGAUUGUUUUUUAUGGAACCACUUAAUGCCAAUCUAUAACAGUUGGGGAAGUUGUUUUCAAACGUUUAAUUCUCAACUGGGAGAGAAGGCCUAUCAAAACAAACAUUUUCUGACGUGUUAGUCAAAGGAUCCUUAGGGAAUCUGAUUUCCAUCUUGCAGACGGGACUCCUGUCGAUUAUGGCGAAGACCUUGUUCAUCUGUUUCCCACUGGUUCUCCUGGUGGGACAUCUCCUCGUGGUUACCGGACAAGCCACCCGAACACCGGUUUCGCAAGAACCGCGCCCAGACGUCCAUCCGUCCGCCACCCAGAAACCAGUAUUCUCUGGUAGAGGGGACAGGUUCAACGCCAAUGUCUCCACUGCUCGGCGCAUGCGACCUUUGCCACCGAUGUGCUCGGGACCCACGGAGAUCAGAGACACAUUUAAGUACAUCAACACGGUAGUAUCAUGUCUCGUGUUUGUUGUCGGUAUUAUCGGGAACUCCACGCUCCUCAGAAUCAUUUACCGGAACAAGUGCAUGCGCAACGGGCCCAAUAUUCUCAUCGGGAGCCUGGCGCUGGGAGACCUGCUGCACAUUGUGAUUGAUAUUCCCAUUAACGUGUACAAGCUCCUAGCGGAGGACUGGCCGUUUGGUGUGGGUCUGUGCAAACUGGUGCCUUUUGUCCAGAAAGCUUCAGUGGGCAUUACUGUGCUGAGCCUGUGUGCUCUGAGCAUCGACAGGUACCGAGCAGUAGCGUCGUGGAACCGUAUCAAGGGGAUCGGUGUUCCCAAGUGGACGGCUAUAGAGAUCGCACUCAUCUGGCUGCUGUCUAUCCUGCUGGCUGUCCCUGAAGCUAUAGCCUUCGACAUGAUCGCCAUGGACUACAAAGGAGAGCACCUCCGCAUUUGUCUGCUACACCCCAUGCAGAAUUCAGACUUUAUGAGGUUCUAUAAGUCCGCUAAGGACUGGUGGCUGUUCAGUGUGUAUUUCUGCCUCCCUCUGGCCGUCACCGCCGUCUUCUACACCCUGAUGACUUGUGAGAUGCUGAGGAAGAAGAACGGAGUCCAGAUCGCCCUGAGUGACCAUCUGAAACAGAGGCGUGAGGUGGCUAAGACCGUGUUCUGCCUGGUGCUGGUGUUUGCUCUGUGCUGGUUGCCUCUCCAUCUCAGCCGCAUCCUCAAGCUCACCAUCUAUGAUGAGAAAGACCCUAACCGCUGUGAACUGCUCAGUUUCUUCCUGGUUCUGGACUACAUCGGGAUCAACAUGGCGUCUCUUAACUCCUGCAUCAACCCCAUCGCUCUCUACAUGGUCAGCAAGCGUUUCAAGAUCUGCUUCAGGUCAUGUCUGUGUUGCUGGUGUCUGCCAGCUGAGAUGUUGAUGGAUGAGAAACAGUCCUGUAUGAAGCUCAAAGUCUCAGACCGGGCCUCCGACCAGAGCAACUCACGCGCUACUAACAAGGACACUUCAGCAUGAGAGGGGCCCUGCGCAGUGCAGAGAAGUACUCAAUGAAGUAACCUAUGAUCUACCUUAAAGGACUAAUUGAAGAUCAAUCAUAUAAACCUGAUUCUGACUUAAACCAUUAUGACAAGGUCAUAAGAAGUGCCCUUAUUUAGGUAUAGUUGAUGUAGUUUAAAACCACUUGGAGAAAAGAAGUGCCCUAAUCCAGUAAAGUCUCCUCUGACUGGAGGGUGUAAGUACUCAAGUGCACUUUGAGUGUUGCCUAUGAAAGUGAAUGGUCUGGGAUGUGUAGCUGGGAGAGGGUUGAUGGGAAGGAGGAUCAUUGGGGGAAGGAGGAGUGGAUGGAAGUUUAGUGCAGACAAUCAAACAUCAGUAUUAUUGAUAAUGAAUGGCACAACAUCGGGUGGUCAUAUUGUAGAGAAAUGACAUUGCCGGGUGUGGCUGUUCCUGAUUAGAACCUCUAUAUGAAUGUUCAUAAGAUACAUGACAUAAGCCAAACCCAAAGAGGCAUCAUAGUGCAAAUGCCUGACUUGAGACAUACGGAACAUUAUAUGAACAUUUUAAGUAGGUUGUAAAAACGUUGUUAAUUAUACAGUAUAAUAUCUGAACAUAUCCCAUAUACUGCUCAGAAUUCAAGGACUUUAGACUUAAUUCAUUUUUAUACCUUUGUUAAAUUGCUUUUACACUGUUUGAUAUUGUUACCAGUGGAGGCUGCUGAGGGGAGGACGGCUCAUAAUAAUGUCUGGAACGGAGUAAAUGGAAUGAUAUCAAACACCUGGAAACCUUGUGUCUGAUGUAUUGUUGGAAUGGUAUCAAACACCUGGAAACCUUGUGUCUGAUGUAUUGUUGGAAUGGUAUCAAACACCUGGAAACCUUGUGUCUGAUGUAUUGUUGGAAUGGUAUCAAAAUCUUCUCCAGCCCUUACCACGAGCCCGUCCUCUCCAAUUAAGGUGCCACCAACCUCCUGUGAUUGUUACCAUUAGCAUUUAUAUGUGAUUUUAGCUGGAUAGUUAGCUAUAGUAUCCUUGAAUGUUUGAUUGUGUGUUCUGUGUUUGGGAGGCGUUCAGCUGUUUCUCAUUAAACUACUGAUCUAAUUGGGUUGGACGAUAUGUGAAUAAAUCAUAAAUGGCACAUUCCUAAAGUUCUCGCAAUAACUUUCUGGCUUUCUGGCUUUUCAAAAUGUGUUUCAAAAACAGUUCAGUGUUUGUCUCAAAUAUGAUCAUGUUAGUAUUCUGUAGCUUUGUGGACCGCCACCCAAUUGUAAAAACCGACUGAUUUUGUUAUGCUUUAAUAGCGAUCAUGACAAGCCAGAAGGACUUUCGCCGCUUAUUGGGGAGUCGGAUGAGAGGGAGGGGAGAGGAGAUAUUUGAAGUGUUUCUCUCCAUAUGCCUUGUGGUUUUUUGCCAAGGGAUUGUGAUGGUGUGUUAUUGAAUACGGAGCUCUGUGUUGUUGUAUAUCCUGUACAUACAGUAGUAUAUCCUGUACAUACAGUAGCUGUCCUGUGAGUGUAUGGUUGGGAUGAUGUGCCUGUCAAAGGUUGUGUGGUUUAUAUUUUCCCAAAAAUGUUACAAAAUAAAAACAUUUACAUUUAA